CUGCUCAAAUGGAAGAAAAAAACCCUCCCUGUGUUCACCAAUCACAGUGAGCAAUUGUAGUAACAAAUCAAUUUGUGCUGUGAAAUGUUUUUAACAUUCUUUCCCUUGCACAUUCACUUUUGGUGAAGUUGAGUGGAGGACUGUAUACUGCUUGUUUCUAUCCUAUGUGUUUAACCAGAGUAUACUGAGGAGGCUUACAAAAUGUCAAAUACUCUCUUUCUACUAUUUUGAUUUUACUGGCAACUUGUGAACAGCUAUGGAGUUUCAUGUGUGGCUGCUGGCAAUAGGUGCUGUCCUCCAAGGCUGCAACUCCACGCAGUUCUCCUAUUUUGGUGCUUCCUUUGGCUUGGAAACUUCCUUGGUUAAUGCCACCUUGCAGGUGCGUGUGAAUUACAGAGGAAUCAAUCUGCCAUGUUCCCAAGGCCCGGAUGAAAUUUGUGCUGCUUUAAACUGCUCUUACUGCAGAACUCGAGCAGUGGAAGACAGCAACUACACGACAAAUUGGUGCCUGAUAGAUGGAGAGACAGUAAUUAAUCACAACACUAAUGCUCUGCAUGUAAGGUCUCUUGGUUGUUGUUGGCCACCAUUUAUGAAGUCUCCAAGGGAAACGGAGAAUUUUAAAUUUACAUUUUCUCUAUUUGUGGAUUUGGGAACACGCUCGGAUGAUGGAGCUGUUAAUGUACCUCCACAGCUGCCCCUGUUACCUGUCUUAAGGGUGCCUCAGAAUUGCAAUUCUACCUAUGACCUUACCAUAUAUGAGGGGAAUGGAGAUGUUCUAAAUUGCCGUUAUGGACUGCAGACAAAACAUGAAUGUAUCCACUGUAACCAACAUCACUUCCUCAGUUUGGAUCAGGAACGUUGUGUCCUUCAGUACAAUGGGCUUGGUACUAGUGGUAUGUACCCAGUGGAACUGAUGGUUGAAGAAUAUCCAAGAGAAACCAUUCUUCUGGCCCACAGUGACGGGACACAGACAAUGUACUCUGCUUUUGAAGAUGCUUCUUCCACUUCAUUCAUUCAAAGUACAAAAGCCUUAAGCUCCAUUCCCAUGCAAUUUGCAAUCAUUGUGCAGCAGGCUAUAUCAGAAUGUGCAUUUGGAAUAUUUCGUCCUGCAUUUAUACAUCCAACACCCCUCAAUGGAGCAAGAAUAUAUGCUUCAAAUUCUGAUGAGAUUAACUUUACAAUAAAUGCCAUCAGCUUAAAUGAAAGGAUCACUGCCUUUACAGUGGUGGGUCCCCAUGGAUUGGUCAAGUCAGAUACCUGGAGUAUGGAUGACAGAUCUGUGUCAGUGAAUGUUUCGUGGUCAGUGGGUGUACAUGGUGUUCCAAAGCAAGUUCCAGUGUGCUUUCUCUCAACAACAUCUUCAGGAUUACAGUCAGAACCACGAUGCAUUUGGAUUGUGCUGAAUUUGCUUGAAGAACAGUCACUAGCCCCAGAUUUGCAGUGUUUGUCCAAUGCAAUGAUUCUGUCUGCCCCAAGGAAUUUGGCAGCAAAUCUACCGGACGACAGCUUGCAACUCAAUGAUGCUUCCUGUAACAUUACUGGGAACAGCACUCAUCUGCUGCUGGCAAUUCCCCUCUCAGAGUGUGGCACUGAAUUACUGGAAGAUGAAACUCAUUAUAUCUUCACAAAUAAAAUUGUCAGCCGGAGCAGAAACAAAACAUCAAAGCAGCUGCAGAGGGUGGCUAUCCCACUGAUGUGCAAACUCCUUCGAUCCAGUAAAGGUAGUCAACAAGCCAAUGUACUCGGUGAUGCCAUCCACAAGAUCUUUGAAGUCUACAGCUUUGAAAUCCAGUUCAGCAAAGAAUUCAACUCAAGCUGGAGGGUAGCUGGACCAGAUUCUCCAUUUAAUGCCACCAGUAAGGAUUACUUAUACAUGAGCAUCAUUGCCAAAAGCAACGAGACUGCCGUCUCGCUCCACGUGGAGUCUUGCCAAAUACUUAGAGAGUAUAAUUCUUCAACAGGAGUUACACUUUUACGACAGGGCUGCUUAAAUAACAGCACAGCAAAGGAACAUCAAACUGAAAACAAAAAAGAGAAAGUAUACUCCAUCAAACUGUCCGCUUUACCGUGGCACAGCGGCCAGGUGUUUGUUACUUGCAGCGUCCAGUUAUGUGCCCAUACGUCCAGCUCCAGCUCAUGCACACUGGGAUGUCGCUCCAGCAGUGGUUCGCAAGCCUAUCAGUCAAACAUGCAACGAGUCAGCGCUGGACCAGUUCACAUUACAAAGGAGAGUGACUUUGGUGCUAACUACGCUGUCAUUACAGUUGGACUCGCAUUAGGAGGCACUGUGAUCUAUAUUGUUUUGAUCCUGUUGAAGAGAUCUUUUGUGGGACUAUACUACAAAGGCAAUACUAGAUCCACUCGAUCCAGACAAUUCUGAUAAACUAGUCAACAGGCCGAGCACUGUGCUUUUCCGGACAUCUAAUGUGGUUCGGCCCUUUGGAUUUUCCUCCUACAGCUCCCUCUGCUGUUAGUUAGAUGCCUCACACCCUACACUUGCAGAUUUCAGAAUUGUGUGCGGCUCUCUCUCUAUGGGUUGGAACAGAUCGAGUAAUUGUUUUCUGGAUUUGAAUUCCAGUUCACUCAGCCAUUUUUGCAAGACUCAUGCUAUAUUAUUCACAUUGAUUAAAACUAUUUUAUAAGUACCUGUAUGGAAUACUGAGUUGAGCCACUGCUCUUAAAAUCCUGCCUCUAACUUUAUAAGAAUUAGAGUUAAUUCAGCUUUUUGUUAUGUGUCCAUAUGGAAUGAGAAUUUCUAGCCUCUCCAUGCUUGCCUUCUUUUCAUUUCUCUCCAAUCUCUUGCUUUUUUACUCCCAUAAACACCAUACUGUCUUCCACACUGUUCAAGUACCAACCCACACUCUAUAUUAAAAUUGCCAUCACUCCUUAAAAGUAACUACUGAUCCCAUCAGUCCUCGCAUUUCCAUCUCUAAUCUCUUUCCAUUCCAAAGUUCUUGAACAUAUUUCAGCCUCUCAAAUUCAUUUUCUUUACCUAAAAUUUCUUAUUAAGAUCCCUUCAAUCAGAUUUCCUCUCAUGCUGCAGGAUGAAAAGGAUCUGAUCGAAGUUACAAAUGACAAUCUCUCAUCAAUGUUCUCUACCAUGGUUGACCAAACGACACAGCUUCUCUGUUGACUCAUCAGGUGGAACUUCAGUUGUUUGCUUCCUACCAAUCCAAAGGUGGUCACAAAAUUCCCAGCUUUGGCACCGCGCUGUUACCUGUUGUAACCCCCCGUGAGUCUAUACUUGCUGCCACUAAACAUUAUUUGAAAACAGCAGUAUUCAUACAUUGGUAACAUCCAGUUCUGCCUCUGUCUUGAUCUCUCCACCAAGUCUAAAUUGUCAGAUACCUCGUCAAACUUCUAGUACUGGAUGGGCAAACAUCUUCUCUCCAUCUCUCUUCUUGACAAAUGUCCAAAACUGAAUCAGGCAGCUUAAACAUUGGAGCCAUAAUAAAGCUUUGGACCACAAUUCUGUACUGGGACAAAACCUGCUUAUUUUCACUUCCCUAAUAUUGCCCAACUCAACUGCUUCAGCUCCCCGAUACAAGCCUUUUUUUUCCACUCCUAAGCUUCCAAACCUGAGUUAUCUUUUUCUAAUGUCGAGGACCUGAAAGCAGGUAAACUUCUCUAUCAUGUCCUAACAUGUAGAAAACAUAUGUUCAUCAUCUCUUAGUUACACUGACUCACACUUUGGUUUUAAAAUUCUUGUCUUUGCUUUCAAUCCUUCCACAGAUUCCUCUGAACAUCUCUGUACAUGAUUAUACAAUCAGAAGAGGUGACAAAGGGUUUGAGAGAAAUUGUAGAAAAUGUGGUGGACCAAAUUCCAUUCUGUAUGACACCCCUGCAAGCAGUCUUGGGGCAUUUUGCUAGGAGUUAUACACGUGGAAGUUGUUUUGUAUGGUUGAUUACCUGGACCUCCUAGUUGCUUAAAUGUCAAAUAUAACUUCAACAAUAAUCAUAAACAUUUGUUGACAUAAAUUAUUGCAAAUCGGCAUCUAAUAUUCCACCAACCAGGACUAUACCUCCAAAUCAUCAACUCCCCCAUAAUACCAACUUUAAUAGAGGAUCCUUAACUUCCACUUGACAUGACCACACUGGGCAAAGUCGAUUCAAUGGCCUGCACCCCAACUUUCUAAGAGUGCAAACACCUAUUAGGAUCAGUUCCUUAUAGUUGCCAAAUAAAAAGCAAAUACACCCCUCAUUUCAAACUAAUUAAGCAUCAGCAACAGUUUGCACCUAGUCAUGGACGAUCUUUCCAGUUUAAAUGCUGACAUGCUUAUCUUGUGAGAGAAGUACUGUACAUCAACAGAAAGCUUUCUCCCCUUUGAAUUAGCA